UACCACUAGCCUUCCGCUUUUUCUACUGCUUGUAGAAUGCUGAUACUAUCGGAAGCUCGAUGACAUUUUCCUGCUAUGUAUGUACAUAUGUUGUUAUGCUUGGCACUUUCCACCUAUGUUGCUCGGACUCAUCAAAAAUAUUAUCGGGUGUGUGUCGGAUUAGCCAAAAAUAGUGUAUUUUUGAAGAAUCCGACACGGCCGCGGCACUGAAAGUGAAGAGUCCCCGCAACUUAGCUUUCAACUUUUACCUUCUUGCAUGGAAUAUUUGUUUUGUUCAUAUGGUUGUUAUAGCAUAACUUAUGCUAUUCUUCUCAUUUUAAUGUCACACAUUAUGUCUUCUUCAUGUUUUACAACCUUAUAUAUUGCUGACCCUGUAGAAUGAGAUGCUUUCAUCUUUAAUCGCUGACCAAGUAUGCAUCUGCUGGCAGAUUGACCUUUCACGUUUUUACUGUAAUUGGAGAAGCUUUUGUUGGUACAGAUCGAUGUUAAUCUCGUUGAUCUAAGGUGUGCAGCGCAGAUGAUUUUACUUGCUGGACCUGGUAUAGUUAUUUCCACUUUUUUUCUUGGAGCUGCCUUCAAGAUUGCUUUUCCUUAUAACUGGAGCUGGUCGACAUCGUUGUUGCUUGGUGGACUUCUAAGCGCUACUGAUCCCGUGGCUGUUGUAGCCCUUCUGAAGGAGCUUGGUGCCAGCAAGAAGUUGGGUACCAUAAUUGAAGGAGAGUCCUUGGUGAAUGAUGGGACGGCAAUUGUUGUCUAUCAGCUACUUUUAAGGAUCGUAACUGGUUGGACCUUUAACUGGGGAGCUGUCAUCAAAUUCCUAGUACAAGUAUCCCUUGGGGCAGUCGGCGUUGGUAUUGCUUUUGGAAUGGCUUCCGUUUUAUGGCUGAGAUUCAUUUUCAACGACACGGUGAUUGAGAUCAGCCUGACUCUUGCCGUGAGCUAUGUUUCUUACUUCACAGCGCAACAAGGGGCUGAUAUCUCUGGUGUCUUGACUGUGAUGACUUUAGGGAUGUUCUACUCAGCUGUAGCUAAAACUGCUUUCAAGGGUGAGAGUCAACAAAGCUUGCAUCACUUCUGGUAAAUUUUACUAACCUUCUUAGUUGAUAUCGUAAUUGAACAACAGAUACGAGACUUUCUUUCUGGUGCUAGACGUUAUGAUAUGACCGGCCCUUCGUAAGACAAAAAGCAGUAAUUUCAUUAGAACCUACCGAGUCUGAUCCAACAACACAACAACAACAACAACAUACCCAGUGAAUUCCCACCUAGUGGGGUCUGGGGAGGGUAAAAUGU